AGGACCCAGAAAUCCCACAAAACACCGAACCAUGUAUCGCACCGUCGUCCUGUUUGCACUUCUGUCCGUUCUGGUAACGGCCGAACCACCGCUACGCUUCCGGUCCCGUGCCGUUUUCAGUGGCCAACGUCCAAACUCCCGGUUCGCUCGGCUCGAAAGCGCACCCCAGCAACAGGACGCACAACCUGCGGCCGCCGGUUACGACUACCCUAAACCGAUGUCCUCCGGGUACCACUAUCCCAAGCCGGACCAGGCAUUCCCACUGCCUGGCGAAGAGAUGCCACCAGCCUUCACCACUGAGGCCACUCCCGAGACGAUGACGACGACGGUGGCAGCACAAGAGGAACAAGAUGUCGUGACCACGACGGCCGCGUACGAGGAUUACGAGGACAACGCGGCAACGCUUGAGCCGGCACCGGAGUCAGAUCCUUCGGCUAAGCUGCGUCGUCGUCCCCAGGCAGUCUCUGGCCGUCGUCCAGCUCCAUUGACACUCGCUAGCCGCUUUAACCAGCGCCUGGAGGAGCGCAACUCGCUGCCACAGCAACCACUGCAGCCGGUGUACCUCGUCAAUCUUCCCGAGCCCGCUCUGCAACAGCUGAUCCUGCUGAACAACGCUCAGCUGGCUGGGCUUCAGCUUGCACCCCAACCGACUGCCGUCUACCUGUCCGAGUUGGACUACGUCUACAAGAAGAAGUAAGCUGUCGGCGAACGAGCCCAAGCACUUGCGUUUGU